AGAGUUCAUGUUAUCGUAGUUAAACUUAGCAACUCAUUAUCUUCACAAGUAUCGAAUAUUGCUUGAGUGUUCUACUUUUAAAGUGACCUUAAACCAUUGAAGCUUAAGCUAAGUUAUUGAAUUACAAGCUUGGAAUGAACACUAGUAGAAAAAAUGAAAUAGGCACCCCCCCUUAGCACCGGUUCUUGAAAACUGAUGCCAAAAAAAAUUGGCGGGAUUGAAAAAUUCGGAUUUAGCACCGGUUCACCUUAAACCGGUGCCAACUAUGGUAAUUAGCACCGGUUCAAACCGGUGCCAAUUAAAAAAGACAAAAAAAACAAAAAAAAAAAAAAAAAAAACGGGGUAUGCGUUACUCUGCUUCUUCAUUCUCUUUCCUGUUCUUUUUCCAUUUCCAUUCUCUCUCUUCUCUCUCCUCAUAUGCUCUCCUCUCUCACCUCAACCAAACCUUCAGCCGCAGCCGCAGCCGCAACCGCAACCACCAUGCACCGCUCACAGAUUCUCUCUCCCCUUUUCUUUUCGUGCUCUCUCCUCUAGCCUCCUUUUACCCUAUCAAUCGUUUUCUAGGGUUUAUCGCCCUUGUUAUACCUCUAAAUCUCAAUCUCAUAUCCAAUCACCUCUCUCUAAUUUCUAGGGUUUCAAAUUACAAUGAUGCUGCAAUAAUUGGAGGUUGUAGUUGGUGGUGAUUAAAUUGAUGUUGUUGAACACAAAGAGGCAAACUAAUAUCAGUAGGCUACACUUCUUCUUUCUCGAGAUUAAAAGUUGUUGCUGCAUUUUACUUAGAUUUGUAGAUUUGAGGGAUUGAGGUGGGUUAUCAAAGAGGUUGAGCAUUGGAUGAAUGGGUUGGAAGAUACGUAUUGAUGAACUGCCCAGGUGUAAAAAUCUGGGCUGAAGUUUCCUUUGUUUUUGUGUUCGUUUUUCUGCUGCAUUUUGCCUAUGGGUCAACAAAUCCCAGUGAUGGGUGGAAAGAUUCGUGAUGUGCUUUUUGAAAUUCUUGAGAAUGAAGACGAUGUUGUUAUAAAGCAUGGUGCACAAUCUAGAGAGAGUCGACGUGCAGCUAAACAAGGAAUGCACACAUCAAGGUUUUGCUUGCAUCCUGCCGGCGAUACUCCAUUCGCUUGUCGUCUCUUUGAUGCCAUUGUAAGCCUGUGCAUUCCAGUUAUAAUCAGUGACCAUAUUGAAUUGCCUUUUGAAGAUGUCAUAGACUACAAGAAAAUCGCAAUAUUUGUAGAUACCAACUCAUCAGUGAAGCAUGGCUUUCUAGUUAAAUUACUCCAGACUGUUACCGAACCUAAAAUUUUGGAAUACCAGUAUGAGAUGAAGAAGGUAUUUAACAGAUGCCCAGCCAGCCUGAACAGGACAGAGGCACAGCAGCGCAGCAGAACAGAAACAGCAGCACAGCAAACAGCAGAGCAGUAGGUCAGCCUGAACACACAACAACACAUCAGCCAGCAGAGCACCACCAGCACAAGACAGCCUGAACAGAAGCAAAACCAAUCACCCAGCCAACUUGAACAGAGCAGAAACACAGCCACAGAAGCAGAACAGCCACAACCAUCAGAGUAGAAACACAGCCACAGCCAUCAGAGCAGAAACACAGCCACAACCAUCAGAGUAGAAACACAGAGAUAAGUCUGGAUUAUUUAAUGAAAUGCAAGAAAGGUACUCAGAGAUAAGUCUGGAUUAUUUAAUUUUUUUUUUGGA